CUUCCAGAUGUUGUAAAGAUCAGGAGAGGGCACUCAGUAUAGGCAAUUCGAUCACCUCAGUUGACUGACAAUUAAAGUGUGUGACUUGCCUUCCUCUCCGUGUUGGUGCAGUAGGUUAUGGGCUUUCCCUGUGACAAGACCAUUGCUCUUUAGAUACUGGGGAUGAAAAAAUAUCUGGGAAGUCCUAUGAAUACCAGUAUUGAAUGGCAUGAGGACAGAGUGUCUGCAGGGAUCAUCUGUCUUGCAUGAGACCCAUUCAUUGCCCAUUCCCAUGGAGGUCUUCUGCAGUAUGUAUGGCAAGUGAAACAGGUUCAGUUCAGUGUAUGCCCAUCUAUUCACUAGUUAUCAAACUGAAUAUGUAAAUAUACAUAUAAAUACAAUAACUAUGACAAUUUACAUCUGCCAGCAUUUCUUGCACUCUCAAACAAGUGCAUUUCCCACAUUGCUCAGAAAUGAGCACCUAUCGUGCAAGUGCAGUUACUGACAUCAGCUUUAGUACAUCCACCCUUUCAGUACUCACCCUGUUUGGUUUUCCCUUUUUGGAAAAUGCAGAGGUUUUUGAUAUUACAUAGCCAAAAAAAAAAUUCCUUUGGUAAGUCAGCAUUAAGAUUAUGUAUCUGAGGCAAAGCCAGCAGCUGUUGUGGAGGGGCACUAAUUUGACAGAGCAAAUUCGAACCCCAGCAUUGCCAGGUUCCAUUCUGUGGCCCCUCCUUAUCAGGACACUACCUUGGUUAUUGUGAAUUGGGCAUAUGCUUCCACAGACAUUACAGAAAAACAGAGUGGGUGGAAACCAGUUUUCUAAUACAUAAGAAUGCGUGCAUCUAUAGGUGCAUAUAACUCUUCUGCUUUCCAUUAAAGGAAAACAGAAAUGUUUUUAUUAGUCUGACUAGUAUGGGAUCUCUCCUUUCCCUCUUCUAGACAUGUCACCCAGAGCCAAGAAGCAGUCAGAGCCAAAAAAUAUCUCAAAGCUGAUGAAUUUCCAUGUAAAGUUUUGAUAAUUAGAAAAAGAGAACUGAAAAUACACUUAGGCAGUCCAAAAUUGAAAAUUCUGCUCGUUCGUCUCACUUCUUAUUCCAGAGUGUGUGAAGGUUCUCUCCAGGUCACCAUGUAGUGCUUCACUUAGUACGUUGAUUGGUUUAGCUAAGUCUAAUACAGCGAUGACCUCACCAGUACAUACUGUGCUCCAGUAUUAUUCUGAAGGCACUACGGUGGAAGACAUAAAUCAGUUUGGAAUUAGACUAAAAGAUUAUUUGGAGCAAAGUUUCUGUUCGAGAAAUACGUGUUCAGUCAGCAAAACAAAAACAACUUUUAAAGGUUGUUCUCUGUGGAAAUCACUCUAUGCCCCAUUACCUACUUGAGUGAAACCAGACUAAGAACUUCUGUCAUGGCAGCUUUUCUGCUGGGAGCUGUGUUGCUUAUUGUUCAACCUCAGAUAGUGCCUUCCAGACCGGCUAUAAAUUUGAAGACUGAGGCUUCUUCUCAGUCUGUUCAGAGAGACCUUUUAAGGAAAAUGCCUCAAAAAAAUGACUUCAAGGAAAAUAUUCAUUCUAACGGAUCAUGCCGGCAUCUGCCACAAACUAUCAUUAUUGGAGUAAGAAAAGGUGGAACAAGAGCUUUGCUGGAGAUGUUGAGCCUCCAUCCAGAUAUUGCAGCAGCAGAAAGUGAAGUUCACUUCUUUGACUGGGAAGAUCAUUACAGAAAUGGAUUGCAGUGGUAUAUUAAUCAAAUGCCAUUCUCCUAUCCCCAUCAGAUCACCGUGGAAAAAACUCCAGCAUAUUUCACAUCCCCUAAAGUGCCUGAAAGAGUUUAUAGCAUGAACCAAUCAAUGAGACUACUCCUUAUUUUAAGAGACCCAAGUGAGAGAGUACUAUCAGACUACACACAAGUGUUCUAUAAUCACAUGCAGAAGCACAAGCCGUACCCCUCUAUUGAGCAAUUUCUGAUUAAAGAUGGUGAACUCAAUGUGGACUACAAGGCAAUAAACAGAAGCUUAUACUAUAUUCACAUGCAAAAUUGGCUGAAGUAUUUUCCUCUUGAUCGAAUCCACAUUGUAGAUGGUGAUAAACUAAUCAAAGAUCCCUUCCCGGAAAUAGAGAAGGUAGAGAGAUUCUUGAAGUUAUCACCACAGAUAAAUGCUUCAAACUUUUAUUUCAAUAAAACUAAAGGCUUCUAUUGCCUAAGGGACAGUGGUAGAGAGCGUUGUUUACACGAGUCAAAGGGACGAGCGCACCCACAAGUAGAUACUCGGUUACUGGAGAAACUGCAUGAAUAUUUCCAUGAACCCAACAAGAAAUUUUUUGAGCUUGUGGGUAGGACAUUUGACUGGCACUCAUUUGUGGCAAGUUAGGGAUAAGAUUCAGAAUCUAUGUUCCAGUGUACAUUCAGAAAUUUAAAAAGGGCAUUUAAGCUAUAAUUUAUUUGUAAAAUCCAUAAAUACUUCUGUACAGUGUUAGAUUCACAGUUGCCAUAUAUACUAGUUAUAUUUUUCUACUUGUUAAAUUUAAAAGCAUUUUGUAUUGUUUUUCAUGGUUGUUAACAUUGUGUAUGAUGUGUCUAUAUGAAGAAACUAAAUUAUUUCACUGCAAAAGAUGCUCUCUUGAGAAUGUGUUUUCUUUUUAAUAAAUAAGAAAUUCAUUUCAACAGAACCCUUCUGAAUUAUUUGAAUACUUUGGCCUUUCCGGACUACUCUGGAAUUUCUCCUCUAAUUGCUAAUGAAUAUGCUACACUUUACGUUUCUAUUUUUCUUGCUUUAAAAUGUGGUUUAAUAAUUUAUAUUUCAUUUGAAAAUAUAGCAGUAGUUAGCAAGUUUUUCCAUCCUGCUUUAUAAAAUUAUUUCCUGAUAACACAGUGGUACUUAUACGUGUUGGAACGUGCACAUCCGAAGGACAAUGGAAGUCUCUGUGCAAUAUGACAUUAACUGCUGUACUUACCUUUGUAUUUACUGUUAUAACAAGUUCUCAAAUUCUUUGGCAGUACAGUACAGGUUUCAUGGCAGAUUUCUAAAGGUUCUGUGGGGACCAGCUCAUAAAAUCCAGAGUUGGCUGCAGAAAUAUGGUCAACCUGAAAACUUCCUACGAUCUCUGAAUAUAUAUAUAUACUUCAUAAAGGAGGAGGGUUGAGAGAAGAAUUUAAGCAAUAUAGGGACAUUUUCAAGGUUGAUUGUAACUGUUCCUGCAUUUUAUAGCACAUUUAUGCUUUGCCGUCUCUGAAAACGAACAUUUACACCAGAAAAAUUAGCCGUUAUGUGUUCCAAUAAGCAGUAACUUUUCAUAUAAAUAUUACUAUGCUUCUAUCCCAUUUAAAGCUGUUUUCUAUAACUUGAGCUGGUGCUUCUUGCAACUGAAAAUUGCCCAAGGACUACUGUUAAUUUAAUCUCCUUCCAAGAACCAUGGUGUCACAUCUUAGAUUCGUAUGUUGUGGGAUUAAGCCCAAUUUCAGGAACUUUUAUGGUCUUCCGUCUGCUAAAAUGGAAGUUAGUUUUUAGUACAUUGGUAAAAAUUACAGCUCUCCUUGUCAUCAGUAGUUAUGAUGGCUUGUUAGCCAUCAGUUUCUGGAGUUAGUUAAUCCUGUUUCCACACUAGGUUUACUAUGGUGUUUUCAUUCUGAGCUGAUAAUUUUCAUUUUAUGAUCUUGAGUUUAGUCAUUGAAUGUGCAGUAACAACAUCGUGUAAAUUUGAACUUGUAACUGAUUGUUACAAUCCUUUAUAAAAUUUAAAUGUAGAUUCAUUAAUUCUUUUUCUGGUGAGAUGGUGCAAACUUGGGCACUAUGACAAGGUACAGACUGGAUGCAAAUAUACCAUAUUAUGCUGUUUGCAUGAAAUUUUGCAGAUGCUGCCCCUCUCUCACACACUCCUUGUUCACCUGCCCAAGCUGUAUUCAACCUCAGAGAGGUUGGUGGUGUUUUAUAAAGUAGACCUUUGAUGAAAGCCUACAAUGAAAUGAUAUUGUACUCAAUAAAGUAUUUUCUGAAUUGCAUCUUUCCUUUCUCUUUUGUUCAUCAGUUUCUAGAUCAGAAGACCAGAAUUUAGUAUUCAAUUCCAGUUUAAAUUCCAGUUAAAUGUUACUUAAGAAUUUAGCUACGAUAUUGAUUGGAAAACAGUUCUUUGCUACUGGAUUGUGUCUGUGCGUCCCAAUAUUGGCAUGCAAUAUAUGAGAAGAGGGGAAACUCUAGUGGUAAACACAUCAAAUCUUAUAUGAGGCAGAUGGCAAAAAUAACAGGACUGUAGUACUGUCAUCCUCCUGUUAAAGUUUCAGAAAACGUAAAUUCAGGGAGUUUUUACGUAAGAUGCGACAUUAUUUUUUUUUUUCUACACUCAUUAUUAUCCUAUUUCCUUGCUAUUGUCAUCUCUGUAGGAGCCAUCUGGACCUAAAAGACUUUGGCCCAAAUGAAAAGGUUUCAUACAGUCCCACCUUUACUACUGCCUCCCCACAGUCCCAGCCGACCACGUUCAUUAACUCUUUGCCAGGAAAUGAAAAAAUAUUACCAGGGUAUGUGACCAGGAGCCAGAGGAGUACAAUAAGACAGAGAUGAUCAAGUUCACCUGCAGCAGAUCACACGAGGCAGCAUAGGGCAGGUGUUGAGUAGUGAAUGCUAGAGCAGUAUUGACACAGGGAGUUGGUACUGAGAAUACAUUUAGAUGUAUAAUGCUACUUGAUACCAGUCCCUUGCCUUUCUCCAAGCAGGAUACAUGCAUGUGUCCUGAUGUGUGCCCCCAUCCCCCUUAAUAUAUGUCUCUGUAGAAAGAGAAGUAGACUGUGAACUAUUGGCUCACUACUACCGUGUCAGAGGUAGGACCUCAUAGCAUGUUUUCUGUUGGAUCAGGAGGUGAAGUGACUGCUUCAGGGGACAUCCUGAAGCAGAAGCUCACAUGACUUUUAUACUAGACACUAAGUUCAAAGUGCCCACAGACAGUAUGUCAUACCCAAUGUGUGCGUGUUGCGCAGGGAUGGCAUGAUUGUACAAUAUCUUAUCCUGGGGUUUGCACAGGUCGCUGACUAGGAGCUAUGAAGGUGAUGGACAAUAGACCACACUCACACUAGUAAUAAUAGUAAUAUUUCUUAGUUCCCUUAAGUUCAAGGGUUACAAUACUUAAAACUAGGACUCUUGAGUGUGAUUUUCAGUUUAACAAGAGCAGCAUUCACUUUCCACACAUGCAUUGCUGUAUUUGAAUACACUUGCUAGACUGUAUCUAAAGAAGUGCUAAAUAACAACAAAAAACAACAGAAUAAAGCGAAGAGAGAAUGAAAGAAAGAGACUGAAACACACAUCAGUUGGGACUGUAGAAACACUAAUAGUGAACUCUGAAAUCAUGCUGUAUCUGUUCAUAAAAGAAAAAAAAUCCCUGAAAAUAUCCUUGUGUUAUGCAAUGCAGGUAUGUAUUUCUGUAAAACUACCGUCUCAUGUUUAAAGUACAAAUGCUUGGGUGUUGCUCCAGAGUCCUAUUUCCUCAGGGCAGCUAGCCAAGUGUAUAAUCCUUCUUGCAAAUAUAAAAUAAAUACAACACUUUAUUAGAAUUCAAUGUCCAUUUCAGAGCCUACCACUCCCCUCAAGUACAAUAAAUGCCAACAAAGUCAUUAAUCAGGGUGGCACUGUAGGACUCAGUCUUGCACUUUGCUUCACAACGUGGAUUAGUGUGAGACUUUGAAAGCCAGAUAUUGUGACUGCAGAGGACAAAGUUUAAUCUAGAAGAUUAUCCCAUGAAAACUGCUAAAUGAGCAAGGGAAGGGAAAGAAGUCUCCUAGGAAA